UCAUAAACGGAACGAGUAUUUCUUACGGGGAGAACACGAAUAUUAUUAGGCGGCGAGGGAUGCAUUGCAUGUUAUUUUACCUUUUCCAUACCGAAAAGAGAAAUAAGCAAAAACUCAAAUUUCGGUCCAACUCUGUCUAUUAUUGAAUGGAAUAUCAUCUCCUGCAUCACCCAGCAAAAUACUUUCUCCAAGGCUGCGAUAUGGGGCCACUUCAAAAGUUAAAAUCCAAAACGCCCACCAUGUGUUGUAUAUAUAUAGAGGGAGAGAUAAGAGAUUGAUUAACUACAACUCAUAAGUUGAUAACCUUAUCUCUGAGUAAUAAAUUAUGGCUGAAAACUCACUUUUCGAAACCAAGAAAGUCAAGGGCGGUUCCGUCUACAAGCUCUUUGCUACUUCCAUAUUCGUGGGAAUCAUUCUGAUUUGGGUUUACAGAGCAACUCACGUCAUCGAAAAUGGGAGGCUUGUUUGGAUGGGAAUGCUUGCAGCAGAAUUAUGGUUCGGGUUUUACUGGAUCCUCACUCAGUCCCAUCGCUGGAAUCGCGUUCAUCGCCGCACCUUCAAAGACAGGCUCUCGCAGAGGUACGAGAAUGAUUUGGGUGGCGUAGACAUUUUUGUGUGCACAGCUGAUCCGAAAAUAGAGCCGCCGAUGCUGGUGAUUAACACUGUUUUAUCAGUGAUGGCUUACGAUUACCCGCCGGAGAAACUAGCUGUGUAUCUCUCCGACGAUGCUGCCUCCGAUCUCACAUUUUAUGCUCUCUUGGAAGCAUCCACUUUUGCUAAGCAUUGGUUGCCGUAUUGCAAGAAAUUCAAAGUCGAACCGCGGUCGCCACAACCCUAUUUCAGCUCAGAGUCUGCCCACUUGGAACCUCAUCAGGCUCAACGUUUUGCUUCACUCAAGAAACUGUAUGAAGAAAUGGAGAACAGGAUUGAGCUAGCAAAGAAACUUGGGACGGUCGCCAAAUCUGCACUUAUAGAUCACAGAGGAUUCUCUAGUUGGGAUUCUUAUAGGUCGCAAACGGAUCAUGAUGCCAUGCUGCAUAUACUAAUUGAUAGGGAUGGAGAAGCAACGGAUAUUGAAGGGUGUAGAUUGCCAACUUUGGUGUAUUUGGCUCGGGAGAAGCGCCCCCACCAUUUUCACAAUUUUAAAGCAGGAGCUAUGAAUGCUUUGAUAAGGGUGUCCUCAGAGAUCAGCAAUGGACCUAUAAUUCUAAAUGUUGAUUGUGACAUGUACUCUAAUAAUUCACAAUCAAUUCGAGAUGCACUGUGCUUCUUUUUGGACGAAGAGAAGGGCCACGAGAUUGCGUAUGUACAAUUUCCCCAGAAAUUCCAUAACCUUACUAGGAAUGAACUCUAUGGAGGCUCCUUGAGAAUUAUUUUUGAGGUUGAAUUUCUUGGUUUGGAUGGUUGUGGUGGACCUAUGUACGUUGGAACCGGCUGCUUCCACAGAAGGGACAUUCUUUGUGGAAGACAAUUGAGCGAGGCUUCCAUGUUCGAGUUUAAGGGAAGGACCAAUUCCAGAAGUGGAGAGAGUGAUGCUGAACUGGAAGAAAGAGCAAAGGCAUUAGCAAGCUGCACAUAUGAGCUCAACACUCAAUGGGGCCACGAGAUGGGCUUGAAGUAUGGCUGCCUGGUUGAGGAUGUGAUCACCGGGCUGUCAAUUCAGUGUCGAGGGUGGAAAUCCGUUUACUUCAACCCUGAGAGAGAGGCUUUCUUGGGUUUAGCGGUAACAACACUUGAUCAAACACUAGGACAGCAUAAGAGAUGGUCAGAAGGAGACCUGCAGAUUUUGCUGUCGAAAUACAGCCCCAUAACGUAUGGAAUUGGAAGGAUAAACGCCGGCCUAAUAAUGGGAUAUUGCACCUAUUGCCUCUGGCCAGUUAAUUGCUUUGCAACGUUAUACUACUCUAUCAUACCCUCUCUCUAUCUACUCAAGGGAGUCUCCUUGUUUCCACAGGUCUCAAGCGUGUGGUUUCUUCCAUUUGCCUACGUGAUGAUUGCUAAGCACGUAUAUAGCUUUCUCGAGUAUCUCUGGUCUGGAGGGACUGCCCUAGGGUGGUGGAACGAGCAGAGAAUGUGGCUCUACAAAAGAACAAGCUCAUAUCUGUUUGCAGUGACGGACACCAUGUUGAAGCUGUUGGGAAUUUCUGAUUCAGGAUUUGUGAUCUCAGCCAAAGUGUCUGAUGCAGAUGUGUUGGAGAGAUACGAACAAGAGAAGAUAGAGUUUGGAGGCACUCCCACGUUCACCAUACUGUCAGCAGUAGCAAUGCUCAAUCUGUUGUGCUUGGUUGGUACGGUGAUCAGAGUGAUCCGGGCAGGCGAAGUCGAGUCCUUCCAUCAGACCUUGGCUUUGCAGAUUAUUUUGUGUGGAGUUCUGGUUUUAAUCAAUUUGCCACUGUACAAUGCUGCUUUUGUUCGAGCUGAUAAGGGGAGGCUGGCUAGCGUUGUCACGCUUAGAAGUACAUUGGUGGCUCUGUCUUUGUGUAGCUUGUAUUCGUUGCUGUAGAAAUAUUCAAUCGAAUAUGCUUGGGAAUGGACACAUUAAUUGUUAGCCAGAAA